CUGUCCGGGUCCCUGUCAUCCGUGGUGUCAAAAGCCCCAAACCGACUUACUAUUUUUUCCCCUUGUAAAUCUCCGAUCGGAUCUGACCUCUGCCUUGCCGGCGAAGAAACGCGGGGCACUAUAUUUAUCCGGCGCCCAUACCCUUUCACACGGCAGAGCCGGCACACAUCUGCGACAGCCCGUUGCUCUCUUGUUCUUCUUCUCCGCUGGGGAAAAGAUCGUUUCAAUACAUCCCCUUUCUUGCAACGGGAAAUUUGCAUGAUUGUGUUAGGCUGGAACUGACCGAAUUGGAUUUAAUUUUGAUGGUGGUUGGGUUUUACUGUGCGUGAUCGAGUAAUUGGCACCAAGAACUUGGGAUUUUGAUCUUGCCGCUUUAAUUUGGGAGGAUUUGCACUGCAAUUGACCUCUGAUUCAACUCUCUCCACCAAGAUCACUCUUUUUCCGGUGCCUAAUUGACCGGCCAGCGCCAUGAGGAAGAACGCAUCGUUUGUCCUGUUGAUUUUGGCCUGCCUGUGGCUGUGCCCUCGGCGGGGCAGCGGGUUCUCAUGGAACAUUUUCUCGUCUCCGUCCUCCUCGGCGGCCGGUAACAGUCCCCCGAUGAUGGAGCUCGACGGCGCGGUGGCCGACUUCUCCAUGGACGUCACCAACAACCCGCGAGGGGUGAAGCUGCUGGAGAACGCGCGGAACAAGCUCGCGGGGCCCAAGAACUGCUGGCAGGACGCGUACCGGAACCUCUUCGCCGGCUGCGGCGAGAUCAUGGCCGACAAGGAGCGGCAGGCGCGCCUCGCGUGGCACCUCAGCAGCUGCUACCAGGAGGACUCGGGCCGGCCGGCCUUCCCGUCCUGCGCCGGCGGGUCCAGGAUGGUGCACUGCCGCAAGAAGCUGGGCGACUCGGAGAGCAAGUUGUUCCUCGAGUUCUUCCUGGAGACCAACACGCUGUGCCACCAGCUGCAGGCGGAGGCCUUCAAGCACAGCACGGAGCGGCUGGUGAACGACCUCACGCGCUCCUCCAAGUCGGCGGAGGAGAAGCUGGAGGUGAUCGAGGCGCGGUCGGAGGAGAUCAUCAGGGAGUCCGGCAAGGUGCGGGACGCGCUGUCGUCCAUCGAGGCGCAGGCGGACCGCCUCGCGGAGACGUCCAAGGGCGUGGGCGCGCAGAUCGACGACGUGCUGGCGCACUCCAGGACCAUCUCCGACCAGUCCAAGGAGAUCGCCGCCUCCCAGGCGGAGCUCAAGGAAGGGCAGGCCGAGAUGAGGAAGAAGAUCGAGGCCGGCAUGGAGCGCAUCCAGGAGUCGUACGAUCAGCUGGGGGACGGGAUGGGGAAGCUCACGGAGGAGGCCGUGGGCAUUCAGAAGGAGAUCGCAACUGUCGGCGACCUGAUGUCUUCCAAGAUGCUGGUUCUCCAGGGCACUGCCGAUGAGAUUGGGAGUGUGGCGGGCAAAUCGUUGGAGAAUCAGAUGCAGCUCUUGGAUGGGCAGAACAAGGCCAUGGAUGGAUUGACUAGCCUCCACACCUUUCAGUCCCAGGCUCUCGAGGAAAGCAGGGAAACUUUGGAGAAAUUUGCACUGUUUGGGCAGCGUCAGCAGGAAGAGCUGUUGUCGAAGCAGGAGCAGAUCCGGCAGGCUCAUGAUCAUCUCAUCCUGAAUUCACACUCCAUACUAGCAGCUCAGGAGGAGUUCAGAGCGAAGCAGGCCAACAUCUUCGCGGCGCUGGACAAGCUCUACAUCCUCCACAACGCCAUUCUAGCCGAGUCCCGCUUCAUCAAGGCCUUCUUCUUCUACUGCUGCAUCGUCUUCCUCAUCUACAUGCUCACCAGCGCCAAGCAGACCUUCAGCAUCAGAGGCCAACUUUACUUCGGUCUGUGCAUCACGCUCCUGCUAGAGAUGGGUCUGAUCAAGAUCGCAGCCGGCAACUUGGACAACCAGUUCUGGGUCCUGUCCAAGGUGUUCUUGGUCAGAUUGCUGUUCCUGGCCGCCGCCACUAUCCAGAUCUUGCAUUCCAUAUUCACGUUCAGGGACUACGAAGUUCUGAACCACCGGCUGCUCCAGACGCUGGUGGACAAGGUCCGGACACUGGAGGAGAACGCAGGCGACAGGAUGCUCUGGUACGGCUCGGAGAGCGACGAGAGCCUGAGGAACUACUCGUGGGUCUUCGACGAGCUGACGGAUGAGGCGGACAGCACAGCCGACCCUAACUACGCCCUGCCGGAGCAAACCCGCCGGAGGUACGGCGCCCUGCCGGAAGAGGUCGCCGAGAACUCCAUCACCACGUCGGGUAGCCGGAGGUACAACCUGCGGCGCCGGAGCAAGCAGUGAUGGAGACCGACGUUUUUGCUCCCUGUGGAAAUGCGGCGGGGUUUGUGGUUUUAUUUCCGAGAGAGAGAAGAAGGUUUGCGGCAGUUCUUAGCUUGGGUGUGUGAUGCUGUGAUCUACUACUUCUACGUCGUUUGUAUUAAGCUGGCACGUAUGAGUUUGGUUUUUGCCGGUCAAUCUGAAAUGAUAGGAUAUGUAUAAGGAUGUUGACGAUAUGUUUAUAGCAAAUUUAACUUAAUUGUAAUGAAAACUACGACUGUUGAAUGACUCUUUA